AUGGCCCGAGUCGCGCGGGCGGCGAGAAGUGUGGGAGGCUCUCGAACCAUCGAACCCAGACAUGAUGAGGACCUCAUGGACCUGCAUAGUCCGUUAUUCUACUCUGAAGGCCAUCGAGUUCCUCUGCCCUCUACUCCCAAGAGUGCUUCUACACCGCGUCGACCUAUGCGGCAGAGUACGGGGGGACACUUGUCUGCCCGAAGCGGCGCACCAGGAUCUCCAAAGAAAGGUGGAGCCUCUCCCCAAGGGAAGGUGGAGUCCUUUGAGUUGCUCCCAGCUCCGACGGGUUCCUUUACCUCGGACAUCGACGCAACGGACCUGGCAGCGCUGUACUCGGAGAGGGAAGAGCUGGAGCCACGAACGAGUUCGGGCGCAAGCGCAAGCAGCCCAAGCCCACGAAGCGCUUCCAAAAAGACAACCAAAGGAGCCGGACAGCGGUUUCCACAGGAGGAAUCACGACCCUCGAGUAGCAUGAGCAUGAGAGGUGCCGUGUUCCACUCUGAGGGUGACAUCCCUCUGCCGCGCAGCCCCAAAAAUGGCCGUGGUUCUCGCCCUGCUUUGCCAUUGCGGGCUGUCACAGAGCGACAGAUGCCGCGGCCUGGAACGUCUGGUGGAACCCCUCAGGGAACACCGAAAUCUGCAAGAGGGACAGGGAGGGCGGAGACCGCGGAUUUGCCGCCGGUGUCUUCCUGUGCCUUCGACAAAGACCGGGGUUCCUUCAACUCCGAUGUCUCUGACCGAGAGCUGUUCUCCUCUUUGGGGGAGGGGAUGGACUCGGUGAAAGAGAGCCCACGGAGCCCUUCCAAGAAGUUUUCCAAAGGAGCACCACCAAGGAUGUUCCGGCCAGAGACCGAGCAGGAAGCGAGACCUUCAAGUAGCAUGAGCAUGCGCAGCAGGAGUGGGGUCGAGCCCUUACCCCCGCGCCGCUUGUCCUUCGUGGGCAUGUCCAUCAAUGAUGUUUGGCAAGCGAUCCAGGAAGAGGAACCAUUUCUUGACUGGCUGCCGGAGUUUUGGGACCGGGUUUUGACCGCGCCAUGCCCAGCAGCUUGUAAGACGCUGGCGUUACGCUCACUGGCCAACUGGGUGGCGAUCUACAACCGAUGGCAAGCAGUGGGAGAGUGGAAACCAGGUCAGGCACCUCGCUUCUUUAAUGCAUUCGAGGCUCAGCAGAUGCUGGGCAUUCCUUUGCCUCGGGUGAUGGACUUUGUGAAGCUCUUCGAUCCUCCGGGCUAUGCCCGAGCAAACCAAACCAAGAGCCCUCAGGACUAUGUGAGAAUCAAACUUCCAGUGUCUCCAUUGAUCACGGUCUGCAUUUUGAUGUCUACGGCGAUUUGCAAGAAACAAAAGAUCCGUUUCUUGCUGGGAGUCUUUGAUGAGAAUGACAAUCGCACCUUCGAAGAGGAAGAGUUUGUAGAGAUGCUACUGGCACUCUUCCGUGGUAUGGCUGCGAUGUUCAACUUGCUGAAUAUGAAGGAGGUCUUACCUUCCGUCCAACGCAUGGAAGCUCUAGCGAAGCAUCUCUUUCGACGUAUCAUCGACUUCUAUCAAGUCAAGACAGGAAAUGGAUUGGUGGGUGAUAGUGUGCCUUUUCAGGUCAUUCAGGACUGGCUCUUAGGCGACAGCAGCGACGCUCUCAACGCUCCCUUCGCUCUGUUCAUCCACAGGUACUCAACGCCUGGGGAGGAAGAGGACCCAGAGAUUUUUGAAGAUGAGGAUCAGAAGUUCCGUUUGUCGCACACCGCCCCGGUGGAUUUGCCCCUGGAAACGGCGGCGUCGUUGGACGCCACGUUCUCGAACCGUCAUGAGCUGGUGGUUGCGCAGAAGUUGUUCAACUACUGCCUUUCCACUGGAGGUUUCGGCGUUUCACAUUCCGCCGCAGAAGCUGCUGUUGGGCCUAUCGAUGCAGAGCUGUGGAUUGACAAACUUCAUCGAGCAUUAGAUGCCACAGAAGAUGCACGGGGCGUCGGCAGGACCACAUUUACCAGCUUUCUAAAAAGGCUGUGCCCAAAGGCCACUGCGCGACAUUUGCGAAUGUUUCACAGCUGGCUGAAAGAAUAUCAGCACUUGGAAGAACUGCAGUCGGAGGUGGGCAAAACCAGGCUGUCUCUGCGAAGAUUUCAGAAUUUCAUUGCUCUACCAAAGCUCCCCGUGAAGAUGCGGCAGGAGAUGUCGUUGGAUUGGCAAACCAGAGCGUCGGAGAGUGAGUUGGAGGACUAUGUUGAAAACUGCUGUCCUCCAGAUUUCCGGCCCUUCCCUGGAGAUCCUGUGGUGGAUGCGGUGAUUGAGGAAUUGCUGCAGCUGCAGUUGGCUCAACAGGAGCUCAUGGUUCAACGAUGGAUGCGCCUAUUCGCGCCGCGCAAGUCUCCUGAGGCAUCUUUGUGUUCAAAGCCGGCCUUUUUGAAGCCGAAAGUUCCCAUGGAGGAAUGGCAAAAGUGGAACCAGGUCCUCGAUCUUUUCGAAGUCCCUGCGCAUGGUCGGGCAGACAGAGAUCAGCUACUGCGGACUCGAAUGCUGAGCAAAGACAUCGUGGCUGUGCUGGGAACUCUCCUUCCAAAGCAAAGCUUCAGCAGGGAUGGAUUCCUUCACUUGAUGUGCCAGCUGAAGAACUAUCGACCGCGCUGA